AUCGUAUCCAGUCUCAACUGUUUUUCUCCACAUGCCUCUAAAUAUCCUACACGCUCCUCUACUCGCCGAGAUACAUUGGCUUCUCAUAGUUUGGCAAAUACGCGAUCCAAUCUGCUAUCGUCAGGUCCUUGUCUUAAUGGCAUCCCUCCAAUGGGCCAAAUUGGCAGUUUUUCUUGUAUCAAGCAUAAUCAGAAUGGACUUGUCAAUAACCAUGGCCCAUCCAAUAGACAGUCUUUGGAGACUGGUGAGGCUGUUUCGCAUUCCGGAACAACAAUUGCUCCCUCAAGUGCCCUGCUUUCGUCCGCUCGAAUUCAUACGUCCAUCAACUUUUCAGACUGCUCUCCUAACUUUGAAUGUGUGUGUAGCUGCAGCUGCAAUCGAGGUUGGUCUCAAGGGAUUGAGCUCGUUGGAUCCGGCCUUUCUGGUAGCACAGGAAACUCUGGAGAAGAGGAGUCUGCUGCAAUAUCCUCUGUCAAUGGAAAACGGAAAUUUCCACAAGUUCGAAAACAGCAAAAGGUGCAGCAGAACCAUUUAGCACCACCGCUGCUAACUGCAUGUUUCACCGCUGGUGAGCUGGAACAGUUAUUGUCACGCGUCUCAGAGCAAAUUCGUGCUUGUCACGAGGCGCUGCGUGAAGAGGAGGAAAAACGUCGAGUCUAUAGAGUGGAUGACGCCCGAAGGGUUCACGAUUACAUGCCAUUCAUUCGUACUUUUUUGCUUGCACUCCAACGUCACGGAAUGUUGCGCCGCUUGGUUGCAAAAGCACAGUCCCGUAUUCGACAUCCGCCCUCGCACCUUCCUAUUCCGCCUCCUCCGCCACCGCCACCUCGACAUUCGCCCAUUCAACCAGUUGUCCUUAAUCCUUCAUGUAUCUCUUCUACAGGAAACACUUCAUAUAGACAGCUGCUCGGCUCUGUUACUGCAUCCUCGGCUAUUGCCGUUUCUGGCGCCACAAGGCUGCCUGCAUUGACUGUUGCAGGCGUCUCAAAUACGAAACCCCUCUCCCACCAAAAUGGUGCCUCUGUUUCAGUAUCUCGGGCAGCCUCAUUCAAAGGAUGCCGUGUAGGUGGUGGUAUCGUAUUAUCUGACUCUGGCAGAACUAAGCUAACUGAUAGUACCGGGACUAGCAUCACCAACAACCGGCUUCGGCGUCGGCCCUCCAGACUUCCUACUCCAAAGGCCCAGAAACGACACACUUCCUCUUCUUACUCCUCCUGCUCCCCCUCUUCUGUCGUCUCUUACUCUCACUCUGCUUCUGCUACUUCUCCUAUAAUUAAAUGUCACUCAAGUCGCCAGUCCUUGGCCUCAUCAUCUACUUCAGUUACGGCUGGCGCCACACAAGAUAAUGGUGAGGCAUGUGUGACAGCAGCUGGUCAGUCGACCCCAGUUUCUCUUCUGGUUUCUACCAUAAACCAUUCUGGACCCGAGCACACGGUUUCGUCUUCAGCCGAACUGCGGCGCCAUUCCGCUCGGAACUCUUCUAACGGCUCUACAGAAGCAGGAAAGACUAGCAGCGCCACUUUUUAA